AUGGAAGAACUUGAAACAGAAGAAUCGAUAACGGAAGAUGACAAGAGGAGAAACUAUGGAGGGGUAUAUGUUGGUCUCCCAUCUGAAGCUGUCAAUAUGGUAUCCAAUCAAACAAAGACUGUACGAAAAAAUUAGAAGAAAAUAUCAUGACUCAAUGAUCAAGAG